GGCCUUCGAGAAAGCGGCGACGUCAUCGUUGCCAACUUCCAGAGAGGGAGAAGAGAAGCUCGACGCUACAGUAGCAUAAUAAAACACAUAGAGGGGCAAGACAAUGGUGAAUCUGCACGUGAAGACGACGGCGGGGAAGAAGUUCUCGGUGGACGUGGCACUGGACAGCUCCGUCCUGCAGUGCAAAGAGGCGCUAGUGACCCCCACCGAGGUACCUGCUGCACUGCAGCGCCUUAUCUACAAGGGCAAAGUGCUUAAGGACGACCAGACGCUCGAGAGCUACGGCAUCCAGGCGGAAGAUACCAUUUACUUUGUCAAGGGCUCGGCACGACCAGCAAGACCAGCGACUACUACGCCUGCUGCCACUUCGACGACUCCAAUGCCGGCUCCUGCUCCUGCUGCUACGCCAGCCCCGGCUGCAGCCCCUGCGGCAGCGGCGAACCCUUUCAACUUCCCGCUAUUCCCGGGAGCUGCCGGAACCGGAGCUGGCGCUGCUAGCAACGGUAACAUGUUCGGCAACAUGAUGGGCGCUGGGGGCAUGCCCAACAUGCAGCAGAUGCAGCAGCAAAUGAUGGAGAACCCCGAGAUGGUGCGGCAGAUGAUGGACUCGCCCAUGAUGCAGAGCAUCCUCAACAACCCGGACAUCAUGCGUAACAUCAUGCAGAGCAAUCCUGCAAUGCAGCAACUCAUGGAGCAAAACCCGCAGCUGAACCACAUUAUGAACGACCCGGGGCUGCUUAGACAAAGUAUGGAGGCCAUGCGCAACCCCGCGGCGAUGCGUGAAAUGAUGCGGAACCAAGACACUGCGCUGCGGAACAUUGAGAGCCACCCCGAGGGAUUUAAUGCGCUACGACGCAUGUACCACGACGUGCAGGAGCCACUAAUGGAUGCUGCUGCUAGCGGCACCCCUGCUCCUCGUGGUCCAGCGUUCACAAUGCCUGGCGUUGCUGGAGGAAGCAGUAAUGCUAGCUCGACCAGUAGCACGGCGCAGUCACAGUCCAGUUCGACUUCGUCGACCCCUGCAGCCGCCAAUCCGUGGGCUACACCGAGUGCUACUACAGGGACUGCGUCUACUGAUGCUGCCGGUGCUGCUACUAACCCGUGGGGUGCUGGCAUGGGUGGCCUUGGUGGCAUGGGAGGCAUGGGCGGGCUGGGUGGCAAUCCGGAGAUGAUGGCGCAGAUGAUGCAGAGUCCCUUGUUUCAGACAGCUUUGAACCAAGUGACGCAAAAUCCGGAGCAGUUUAUCGCGCAGAUGGAGGCCAUGAACCCUCAGAUGGCAGCAAUGAUGAAUGCCAACCCGCAGAUGCGGCAAAUGAUGUCGAACCCCGAGUUUCUGCGCCAAGCCAUGAACCCGCAGAACAUGCAGGCUAUGAUGCAGAUGCAGAACGCCAUGAACCAACUCCGUGGCUCUGGACUUAUUCCAGGACUGGAAGGUAUGAACCUCGGCGCUGGCACUGGUGCUGGUACUGGUACUACCGGUGCCACUGGAGUUACCAACCCUGCUGCUGCCAAUCCGUUCGCGAUGUUUGGUGGUUUACCCGGUUCUGGUUUCGGUGCAGCAAGCACUCCCGCCGCUCCUGCAGGCAACCCAGAGGAAAUCUACGCUUCACAGCUGACGCAGUUGAACGACAUGGGCUUCUCCGACAGGGACCGCAACAUCCGCGCAUUACAAGCCACCUUUGGCAACGUGCAAGCCGCCGUGGAUCGUCUCCUCAGCGGCUCCAUAUAGUAAAGCAACCAGCGAGGACUUUCGCCAUGAUCUACAAGUACAGUCGUCAAUACAAUGCUGGCUCAUUUUUUUUUCGCGUUUGUGUUUUGGUCCACCCAAAACACCUUUUCAUGCCGAAUAAUACACCGCCUU